AUGAACAAUUCUAGCGGUAACAACAACACUGGCAACACCGUCAAUAAUUCACAAGCCAAUACAAAUGGUAACCCAAUACUUAAUAUCACGCAGCAGCAACUACAGCAAUUAGUUUUGCGUUUCAAGAAUGCCUCAGAAAUGGCCGUGAAGUUGGGCCCAAACAGCGAGCAGGGGAAGCAGCAUCUUCAAACUGCCGCGAAGAUCAAAAGUCUUCUAGUGAACUAUUCCAAUCAAUCGAGAAUGCGUCAACAGCAACAGCAGCAACAGCAGCAGCAACAGCAGCAGCAACAGCAACAGCAACAACAGGCCCAAAAGGUUCAAAACCGAACCCAGCUACAUUCACAGCAACAAGUUACUCCGAAUAAUAAACCGAUCACCCCAAACGUUAGCAACAACAAUAAUGCAAAUAUGAUGUCUAAUAACAUGAAUAUGAAUAAUGCUGCAGUUGAUCCCAAUUCCAGACCUGCUUCUUCAAUGAGUAUGGGAAGUGGCAUGAACUUCAAUAUGGGAAACUUCAACAUGUCAGGUGUGAAUACCAAUGGAAAUGUUAUGGCUAAUAAUGGUAAUAAUAAUAAUACUAACGGCAUGAUAAAUAAUAACCCAGGAAGCCCAGCACUAUCUGUCACAUCUGGUAGUGGUAACAUGAACAACAAUAACACCAGUAUGAACAUUAACAACAAUAACAGCAACAUGAACAUUAACUUAAAAAGUACCAACAAUAAUGGAAUCAAUACUCCAAACAAUAAUAGUAAUAAUAAAAAGAAUGAUAAUGGUGGUAACGAUAAUAAUAACGCCAUUAAUAACAACAUCAAUAAUAAUAAUGGCAGCAACAAUGCUAACAACGGUACUGGUAAUCUUAAUAAUGCUGGUGGAUCUAAUGCCGCAACCGCUCCAUUAAUGACUCAGGUCCAGAAUUUAAAGAAGUUGAAUUAUAUUUAUCAGGAUUAUACAAAAAAAUUGCAAUCCUACAGAACUUUUUUGCAAAGACCAAACUUGAGUGCAGAGACUAUUCAAAAAUUGCAACAUGAAGGAAGAGAUGUGCAAACGAAGCUAGAGCAAAUUAAAGCAUUGAUGAUAAAAUGGAACCAAAAUUUAAAACAGAACAGAGGUAAUAUUUCAUCGAUAGCUCAGCAGCAGCAACAUAAGCAAAAUCCAAAUCCACAACUUCAUCAACAAACUCAACUUCAACCACAACUUCAACCCCAGCCACAAGUCCAACAACAACCACAGCAACAACCACAACAGCCGCAACCGCAACCGCAACCGAUGCCAAACCUGGGUAUCAACAUGCCCCAGAACCCUGCCAUGCUCAAUAAUCGUAAUAUUCCAGGCUCAGGUAGUCCAAUGAUGAACCAAGCUAUCCCAAACAAGGCUCCUAACAAUAUGAUUUCUGGAAAUCCUGUUCCCGCUAAUGGAAACAUGGCAAAUAAUGGAAAUCCUAACCCUGCUAUAAACCAAUCAAUUCUUGCAAUGUUUAAUGGCGGACCACUAGACCAAAAUGUGUUGAGUAAGCUAACUCCACAAAAGAGAGCUCAACUAUUGCAAAUGCAUCAAAAUGCUAUAAACGCCCAAGGUGCUGCUAUGAGGAAUUUGCCAAACAAUGCUUUCAAAUCAUUAACUCCUGCUCAGCAGGCUCAAUUUAUGGCGCAAUUACAGAAACAGCGUCAGAACAGCCUUGCCGCCCGUAACUCAAUAUCUCCUCAAGUAUCGGGGGUGGCUUCUCCUCCAAUGAAUAUGAACAUGAACCUCAACAAUCCUCAAGCCCCCGUGAUACGCUCACCAGCGGCACAAGCUCCACAAUUACCUCAACACAUCCUGUUGACACAACCUCAACCAAUGCCCCAACCACAAAUGCAAAAUCUUGGUCAAUUGAAGCCUCAACCUCAACCUCAACAAGUUCCUCAACCAAUAAAGCCGCAAGUUCCAACACAGGUACAAUCCCAACCGCAUCCAGCAAAUGAUUCACAAGUGAAACCACCCACUAAUAAUGAUACUAAGGCUGAGCAAUCUCAAACAAAGACUGAAUCUACCUCUGCGCCAACUACUGGUAGUACAAACGCUGGUGAUUCCUCGGAUCUAACACAAAGACUCAUUGAGCUGCAUAUCUUGAAAAAACCGAUUUCUAAUUUGCCUCUUUCCAAAGAAUUGAAAGUUUCUGCAAUUGAGCCGCAUGUAUUGAAGGAAGUCAGACCUAGUAUCAAUAGUGGUUUUGCAGCAGCUCCAAUUUUAUGCACGCCUCCAUUAUCCAAACUUCCUACUGACUUGGGAAUUGAUUCUGACACCGGGGAAAACAGGGUUGUUUCUAAGAGAAAGUUAAGCGAGCUUGUGAAAUCUGUUGGAUUAGACGAAGGUGAUGGAGAAACUUCUAUUGAUGGAGAUGUCGAAGGGAUCUUGCUUGAUAUCGCCGAUGAAUUUGUGAAUAGUGUCACCAAUUUUGCCUGUCUUCUAGCAAAGAGGAGAAAAGUUGAUGCUGUUGACUCUAAAGAUAUUCAAAUGCAUUUAGAAAAGAACUGGAAUAUCAAGAUUCCCGGCUAUGCAAAUGAUGAUAUUAGAAAUAUUAGAAAAUGGGCACCAACAUCAUCUUAUAUUCAAAAGAUGAAUGGUGUCGAUGUAUCACGAUCAGUGGAUAGACAAGCCAAGAGUUCAUGA